AGUGGCGCUCAGCGCUGUGAGUCUGCUUGUCUCUGGAAGUCGGAGCCCUUGGCCCCUAGCUGGGGCCGAACGCGGUGAGCGGCGGAAAGGGGCUCGGAGGGCAAGAGCGUCGUUGAAGCUUAGACUUGGGUGUAAACCAGUGUCAGAGUCCAUCCACCCCUUCUCACUGAUUCGUGGAUUUCUGUGUGCUCGGGUGAGUGCACCCUGUGGAACUGAGCAACCCCAGGGUCCGCACAGGCCGCUCACAUUGUAGUCACCAGGAGCCUCAGUGGAGUGAAGAUCCUGGACCUGGCUUGAGUGGUGAGAGGAAGCACUUGAAAAGGCAGGAUGGAGAAGAGUGGCUCCUAGGAGGCAGAUGGACCCCAAGGCACAGCUACCACAAAGAGGAGGCAGCACCUUGUCCAGGAGAGGGCAAUAGGGCCCAAGUGGAACUUUCUUGGCAAGACUGGAAGGGAUUGAGGAGUGGCAUGGUCAGAAGGUUCUGGCUCAGGACACUUGGAGAUCGCAGGAGGCUGCCACCUGGGGCUGAGCCAUCUGAAGGCUCAAGGUGCUCCAUGAUUUGCUUCUGAAACCUCGCUUGGGAGGCCGCUGGAGUGACUUUGCAGCAAGGCAGUCAGCUUCCCUUGGACCAGGAAGCUGCAGUCCCUUCUGGGACCUGGCCUCAGAAGCCCUCCCCAUCAACUCUGCAGCAUUCUACGCUCAUUCAGGAUGUGGCCAUGUCCAGGGGGAUGAAUGAAACCUGCCUGGCUGCAGUUCUGCUGGCCUAGUGUGAGUGAGGGUCUAGGUUGGGGACAGAACAUCUGUUCACGGUAAGGAUGAGGAAAUCCAAGCCUGGUAUGUAUGAAAGGAGAGGAGGCGGCGAAUGACAAACAAGGAACUAGGAGAGAGGGACGAAUGUGGCCUUGGUGUGGUCAGAGAAAAAGAAGGCACACAGAAGAAGAGAAGUUAGAGGGAGGAGAACUUCUGAACGUUUGUGCCCAGCAGUGGGACGGUGCCCGUGAUGACGCAGGCAGGGUGAGACCCGUAGAAUGUGGGGCUGAGGUGGGGCAGGCAGUGGCAUUGGAGCUGGGCCUCCUCAUACCCUGAGGCUGUCUCCGUCAUCUGAGGGGGGCCGGAAAGUUGAAGGAAUAAUGAUAGCCAGGAGCCAGAGUCUCUAAGGAAUGACAAGUUGUUGAUAAGAAUGUGCCGUGAGACUCAGGAAAGCCAAUGCUCUAAAAGGGAGUGGAGCAGUGGACAUUGGUCCUAUCGUGGGUGACACAGGAAGAUAGGCUGUGCUAUCACCUGGCUCCUGCUGGUACUAUGUUUUGGUUUUGCAUCCAUGGUUCAUCCAGAGCUCAAAACUCCCCUGCCCAAGGCAGGCCACGGAAACUAAACUUCUUCCCCAAGGUGGGUCACAGGAACUCUAAUCUUCUCCACCUUCACCUGACCGUAAGCAGUUCUCUGGUCUACCUUGUGUGAUAGUUGUGCAUGCAGCCCUCCUCGUUGCAGAGGGUCCUGCCCCUGUCCCAAAGGAAGGGAUGCUGCACAGGGAGGCAAAGAAGAAUCUGAGCAGACAGGCCUUGCUGGGUCUCCCUCUGCAGUCUGUCUGCAGUCCUUCCUAUGCAGUGCGGUCUCUAUAAAAAACCCAAAGGACAGGAUGCUGUGAAGGAGAGGCAGCGCCUUGUGUAACACGGGAGAGGGCAGCAGGGCCUGAGUGGAGGAAGAGCUUCCAGACAGCUGCACAGGUGAGGGACCUGGGAGGUGGCGCCUAGGAAAGGCAUGGAAUCUCCAUGUCCUUCCCCUACACCUUGCUCUGUACAUCUCUUCAACCGUGUCCUUUGUCAGGUUCUUUACCGUAACAGUAAGUGUGUUUCCUUCAAUGAUGUGAGCUGCUCAAGGAAUCUGAUAAAACCUCAGGCAGGGGUUGAAGGAACCCUGAUUUACAGCCUUUGGUCAGAAGCCCAAAUAGAACCACGCAGGACUGAUGACUGGCAUCUGAAGUUGGGGUGGGGACUGAACCCCCAGCUUGUCAUUCCUGACGCUGUUCCCAGGUAGAGUGUCGGAACUGAACUCAGCCAGAGGACACCCAGCUGCUGUCCACUGUGGAACUGAUUGCUUACUUGCUGGCAGGGAGAAGGCCCCACCCAUGGUGCAGAGCACUGCUGCCCCCUGCCCCAAGGGAGUACGAGGUGGCGCGUCCCUCUUCCUCCACUGCCCUGGUCUCCAGGAGCUUUGCUGUCGGAGUCACAGGAUGGCGGCUGCUGUCUUGCCCACCCCUUGUGCUCAGUCCUCCCUGUACCCACCCUCUGCUCAGAAAGCACACACGGGGAAGGAAAGGCUCGUCAGUGAGUUCCUGACACGCUGGCUACAGGACCUGGUGACCUUUGAGGACGUGGCUGUGGACUUCACCCAGGAGGAGUGGGCAUUGCUGGACACAUCCCAACGAUCACUGUACAGGGAGGUGAUGCUGGAGAACUGCAGGAACCUGGCCUCGCUUGGGUGUCAUGUUGAUAAACCCAGUCUGAUCUCCCAGCUGGAACAAGAAGACCAAGCAAUGAUGGAGGAAAGAGGAAAUCUCCCAAGCACUUGUCCGGAUUUGGAGACUGUACUUAAAGCCAAAUGGUUAACUCCUAAGAAAGGUGUUUUUAGGCGAGAACAAGUGAAAGGUGUAAAAACGGAGAAAAGUCGUCGUGGAGUGAAAAUCAAUGAAUGUAAUCAGUGUUUUAAGGUCUUCAGCACAAAAUCUAACCUCACUCAGCAUAAGAGAAUUCAUACUGGAGAAAAGCCCUAUGACUGUAAUCAGUGUGGGAAAUCCUUCAGCAGUAGGUCUUACCUUACUAUUCACAGGAGAAUCCAUAAUGGGGAGAAACCCUAUGAAUGCAAUCACUGUGGCAAAGCCUUUAGUGAUCCUUCAUCUCUCAGACUGCAUGUGAGAAUUCACACUGGAGAAAAACCCUAUGAAUGUAACCAGUGUUUUCACGUCUUCCGCACUAGCUGUAACCUCAAGAGCCACAAGAGAAUCCAUACAGGGGAGAAUCACCAUGAGUGUAAUCAAUGUGGAAAGGCCUUUAGCACGAGGUCCUCGCUGACAGGACACAAUAGCAUUCAUACAGGAGAGAAACCUUAUGAGUGCCAUGAUUGUGGGAAAGCCUUCAGGAAGAGCUCCUAUCUGACACAGCAUGUGAGAACUCACACAGGAGAAAAACCUUAUGAGUGCAAUGAGUGUGGCAAGUCCUUUAGCAGUAGCUUUUCUCUAACAGUGCAUAAGAGAAUACAUACUGGAGAGAAACCCUAUGAAUGCAGUGACUGUGGGAAAGCCUUUAAUAAUCUCUCAGCUGUUAAGAAGCACUUAAGAACUCACACUGGAGAAAAGCCCUAUGAAUGUAACCAUUGUGGAAAAUCUUUCACUAGUAACUCUUACCUUUCUGUGCACAAGAGAAUACAUAACAGGUGGAUAUGAAUUGAAAUGAGAAAUUACUCUAGGAAUUUCUGAAAGCCCUUGUUGACCUCUCAGCUUGAGAGAACUCACAACAGAUACCCAGGUUAUCUGUUGGUGCAUAAAAAAAAAUCAUCCCCCAAAACUUUGUGGCUCCAAAGAAUUCAUUAUUAUGUCACAGUUUCUGUAGGCCCAGAAUUCAGGAACAGCUUAGCUCUGUAGGUCUGGUUCAGGAUCUCUCAGGAGAUUGCAGUCCAGAUGCCAGGUAGAGCUGUGGUCAGCUGAAGUCUUUACUGAUGAAGGAUCUACUUCCAUGUAGCUCCCUCUCAUGCCUGGAAAAUCCGUGCCAGUUGUUGACAGGAGACCCUUAGUUCCCCACCAUGUAGGUUUCUCCACAGGGUGAAAUAUUUUUACAGUAUGGCAGCGAAUUUUUCCCAAACCAAGUGAUGGAAGGGAGAGCCAGUAAAGAAACCAUGGUGUUUCUUAUGAUAUAUCAUCAGAAGGAUGUAUUUUCACAUUUUCUAUAUAAUACUCUUUACACACAGACCAGUCAUGAUACAGUGUACUAGAAGGUUACAGAAAGUGUGAGUACUAGGGAACAGAGAUCACUGGAAACCAUCUAGGAAACUUGCCAUGAAAUUAAUGAACAGAAGCCUUCAGCACACCCUCAUCCUGUCAGUCAGUAUGAAAUGGUAUUCAGUAACUCUCCUGUUAAUUUACUUUGGAAGGAAACUUACUGAGUACAGUCUGUGUGAUAAAACUUCCAGCUCUCUAGGCAUGGUGGUGCAUGCCUAUAGUCCCAGCACUGAGGCAGGAGGAUAAGUAUGUAGCAAGUUCAAGGACAGCUUGAGCUACAUAGUGAGACCCUGUCUCAUAAAAAAAAGCUCAAACUCACAUUAAUAUGUCCAGAAAAACCUGAAGAGUGGAAGGAAAGCCACAGCUCUUGGGAAUUAUGUGACAGCUCCCACUGGGAAAAACUCUAUGAAGAUCAUCAGAAUGAAAAAGCUUGACAUUCAUCCUUUCAGACACACAUAUGAAAGCAGAUGUGGAAACUAGAGUGCAAGUGUUCGUGUUACUGAAUACAGGAUGGUGGAGUGUUCUACCUGCAGUGACUGUAGGAAAACCUUGAACAUUCUCUCCUUUUAAAAAGAUGUGAAAAUUUGUUAUAAAGAGAAAACUUGAAUGUCAUGGGUAUUGGAAGACUUUCCAUUUUCCCACAUUCGGUAGAAGACUUGUGAAUACAAAGGGAGAAAGCUUUCUAAGAUGCCACUUAUGAAAAUUCUCCCCAGAUGCAAAACCUAUGAGUAUUAAUUUUGAAAAAUUUUCGUUGAUUCCUCUCCUGAACAUUACAUGGUGGAACAGCCUAGGAGUGUAAUCUAUGGUAGAAUACCUCAGUCUCAACUCUUCACUAAAGGAUUACACAAUAAUUGAUACUGGGAACAAAAAGUAUAAGUGAAUCUGAAUUUAGCAUUACCAUUGUCUAAUCUGUAAGUUUGACCACUAAUUCAUUAAUUUUAGUCUUUGGUUCAUAUAAACAUUUAUAUCUGUUCCUCAAAAUAAAUCCUAAGUUACCUUUCAGAGUUUGAAUGCAAUCUAUUAUAAUUUGCUCUUUAAAAGCAUCAGUGCGUUGCAUAUCCAGAAAGGUGCAGUAUUUCUCAAUAGACCCUGAAUGCAUUUAUUUAUCAUAUGAAAUUAAAUGAUACCUCUGAUACUCUUUUUUUUUUCUAAGUUAGUGGUAUUUUUGUCAGAACGUGCAGACUUCAUUCUAUUGAUUAUUUUUUUACCUUUCUGUAUUAGUAUGGCAAAUACCAUUAGCUUCUUUCCCAAAGCUUAUGCUCCCCUCCUUACUAACUUAAAAAAAAAAAACAAAAAACAUUUUCAAGCUGUCUAUGAGCAGUAUUGAAAAUAAGCCACCAGGCUUUUAUGAAGCCCAGACAGACUUUGUUCCAUUCUGGUGGCUAUGAGAAUUAUGUAGAAGUCAUUUUGAGGGCUUAAAGAACCAUAUGACUUGUUUUCUUCACCCGUUUUCUAUUCACCUUAUCCAUACCUUAUCAUGGAAAGUGGCCUCAAGGUCUGGAGAACAAAGAGCUAUUCCCUGCAUACACACACACACACACACACACACACACACACAGACAAAAUACACAAUGCAGCCAAAAAAACCUGAAUUUUCCCAAAGCUGCUGAUUGGCUGUGUCAGUUCUGGGCUGCUUAUUAAGACUUUCUGCUUAUGUGAUGUGAGUAAAAGUAACCCCUGACCAGUUGAAGCCAAAGUGAUUUGUCAUUUUUGAGCUGUUUUGUUAACUUCUGAGUACAGUAUUUUUAAGGUAAACUUAGCAGUUUGCUCAGUGUUAUCCAUGUUUUAUGUUUCUUUCAAAACGAUGUAUAUUCUCUAAUAUGUAGAUAUAGAAUAUAUGGAUUUUAAUCUAGUUGUGUUUUCAUUGUACAGAUUUUUUCUUUUGACUUUAGUGAUAAUGGUAUAGUAAAGUCUUCCAUUAUGAUUAUGGA